GCUGGAGUUGCUCUUACAAGUUCCCGAUUUAUACAGUACACCGUUACCUGUAUAUGUGGUUGUUUGAACUCUCUUAACUUUCCUUGUUUUUUUAUUUAUUUUUCAUAAUUAACAUACGAUGCCACUAAAAAGCAAAAACUAAUUUCGUAAAGGAAAGGGACAGAGCGCGCUUGCUGUGCAGUCGAAGCUGAUUCAGAUUCCGGAGUCCGUUCCCCUCUCUCCAAAUUCAAAAACCCCAUCAAAAUAAACCAACCCUAAAGCCUCUCUCUAGGGAGAAAGAGGGAGAGACGGAGGAGGAGACAAGGGUAGAGCACAUUCCCAAUCCCCUCCGGUUCGUUCUUCCUUUUCUUCUGCUUCUUCUAGGGUUUCAUUUGCUUUCAGAAAUGGCAACUAGAAAAGAGGAAGAGCGAAACGAGAAAAUCAUACGAGGCCUGAUGAAGCUUCCUCCUAAUCGAAGAUGCAUAAACUGCAAUAGCCUGGGUCCUCAGUAUGUCUGCACGAAUUUCUGGACAUUCGUUUGCAUUACUUGCAGCGGCAUACAUCGUGAAUUUACUCAUCGUGUGAAGUCGGUAUCCAUGUCUAAGUUUACGUCACAAGAAGUUGAGGCACUUCAGAAUGGUGGUAACCAGCGUGCGAGGGAAAUUUAUUUGAUGGAUUGGGACCUUCAAAGGCAGCGAUUGCCAGACAACAGUAAGGUUGAUAAAAUCCGUGAGUUCAUAAGAAGUGUAUAUGUGGAUAGAAAAUAUGCUGGAGGAAGGACCUCUGAAAAGCCUCCAAGAGAUAUGCAGAACCAUAGAAUUCAUGAAGACGAGACAAGACGCGCUAGUUCUUAUCAUUCUUAUUCUCAGAGUCCACCUUAUGAUUAUCAGUAUGAAGAUCGACGGUAUGGGAAACAAGCUGCUGUGCUUACCAGGAAGCCUGGUUCUGAUCGAGGUCGAUAUGAUGGAAACAUGUCUAGUUUUGUUUACAGUGCUGGCCGAUUAAGUGAACAAAUGUAUGAAGACAGGUUUGCGAAUGAGGGCUCUGGUUCGAGAGUUUCAGAUUUUUCUGUCUCAAGUGGAGGUGAUGCAUCUAGAUCUGGAAUACAGUCUCCUAAUUUUCAGAAGGAGAUUGGAUCCAGCAGCCCUUCUUUUCCACCUGCAUUGGAUAAUCUAACUGAAGUAAGCUGCCAAGCGAAAAAUGUAUUUUUGGAGGCCAAUUCCAAGAGAGAUGCAGCGGGGAUAACAUGUCCGCAGAGAACUGCAUCCUCCGGAAGUUUCGGUUCAGCGGGUAGCUAUUCCAUGCCUGCUCUUGAACCGGAACAAGCCCCUGGAAUCUUCCAGGAUGAAUCGAUUUCUUUAACGGGAUCAUCUCUUUUUGGAAGUACUGAUAGCUUGGAUCUUUUCAAGGCCCCGGUUAAACCAAAAAUAUCUUCUGCAGCUCUGUCCAUUGAUUUGUUUCACUUACCAGCACCAUCUUCAUCUCUAUCCAUAGAUUUGUUUCAGCCGCCUGUAUCAUGUUCAGAUUCAUCUGUGAAUGUAGGCGAACGUCCUAAACUUUUCUCACCUACGUCCUUGGAGUUAUUUGCUGAUUUUCCUCAGCAGCAGUCCACAGCAAACUUGGCUAAACAAGUACCCAAUUCUUUCCAUGAAAGUGAAGGAUGGGCAACAUUUGAUACACCUCAGCCAUCGGCUUCUGUUCCAGGCACUGAAAAUAUUACCCCAGAAAAUAUAGCUUCCAAUGGUGGAGGUUCUAUUGGAAAGUUUGAUCUAUUCUCCCCAUCAAAUACAAGCAUGCAAUGGCCAUCAUUUCAAUAUUCUAGCAUUCAUGGACCUUCAGAUAUUUUGCACAAUGUCACAGCUCCCAAUACCACAAGCACUCAGUCAUGGAGUGCUUUUGAAGAUUCUAUUGUACACCUUCCAUUGGAGGACACUAAGAAGGGUAGCGAACCAGGAGCAACAGAUAAGCUUUUGUCAGCUGGUGACCGCUAUUUGGGAUUCAGAAUUUCUGAGGACUCUAGUGAAGAUGGGAUUCAGAGAGCUGUCUCCCAAGGUGAACCCCAUGAUCCUGGUCUGCCUUCACAUGUUGUCUUGGGGCAAUCAUAUACUCCACAAGGGCUUCCUCAAAUGUCACAGGGAGAAAUUAAGUCAGAUGCCACUGACCACAAAUCUAAUAACCCAUUUGAUCUUCCUUAUGAUACAGAUCUGGAUCCGAAUAAUGUGUUUUUGGACAUGAGUUCCUUACAAGCUUCUCUCCCAAAUGCCCAGUUGCAAUCCCCUUUCCUUGGUGGUGUAUCUCAGGCAUGGUUACCCCAAAAUACAGUGUCUGGGAUGUCGUAUCCAGCUGCAGCAGAAGGUGGAUUGACAUACAUGCCAGGGCAAGCACAUAGCUCUCAGAUUCCGAAUGUCCCGACACAGGGACCUGUCGCGUCCAUUGGAGGAAAUCCUUUUGCAUAGGAUUGUAGAGGCCAGAAUAAACAUCAUUUUCAGUUGGUUGUAGAACUUUGUCGUUCACAUUUUACAUGUCUUUUUAAUCAAUAAAUAGGAUGGACGUUUCUUGUGGUAUCAUUUGUGGAAAGACGGUAUCAACAGGGACCUGUCUGCAUCCACUCAUUCAAAUUUCAGUAUUUGGUUUGGAAAGACGAUAAUCCAAAAACUGGUAGGUCCCUUGUUUGGACGUUAAUAGUGAAUGAUUGUUCCCUUU